GUGAAAGUCGAACAACGCUGAUGGGAUGUGUCUUGUUUCAGUUCGGUCAGCGACGUACUGCACGAAGCAGUUUGGGAGCGUCUCCUCUGUGCUUUCUUCCAUUCGCUUUCACUAUCAUCCUUCUCUCUUACACUUUCGUAUCUCGUGCUGCAGUGUAUUAUAUAUAUACUUAUAUCCACGCUGUUACAGGCGGCCGAGCACGACAGACUUUGUGUCUCGCAUGAGUGUGUUUGUAUGUAUGUAUAUAUACGCGUAUAGGUGAUUUGUCUCUUUUUCUUACACAUUCUUACAUACACAUACCACACCAUACACCGAAUAUACCAUUCUCUCAGAGUAUAUAGUUUUCUCUUCAACGAGAAAUCCUUAAUUUUUGUUUGAGUAUACCGAGUAAAUAUGUGCAGUUUUUAGUGCUAAUCAAAUGAUUAGAGAGAAAAAAGAAGACAAAGGUAAUAGAGAACAAAAAAAAGAGGAAAGUAGAAGAAGAGAUAUGGAAGUUUAUUGAGGGUUCCUUCUUCACAAAUGCACGCCGUUUUGACAGCACAACACACAGAAGCAGAAACAGGGCAACGGCCCAGACGGUUUCCUAGCGUCUCUUCACUUGGAUUCUCUUCUUCCCCCCUUUCUCAUCCUGUCGGUCGAAGCUCCCUCAUCGUUUCUUCUGUCUCUGUUUUUCUUACCAAACAUUUAUGAGCCAGAGAAAAGACCAAAAGCACGCCUCCUCUAACACACAACCACCAAUAACCAUCACCACCACCACCAUCAAAAGGAACAUUUUUUCAAGAUUUGAACAGGAAUUCAUAUUUUGCAACGUAUUGGUCUUUCAAAGGCAGGAAGUGAGAAUCAACAACCAACGAAUUAACGACGACGACGACGACGACGACGACGACGACGACGAUAACUUUGAAGUUACAAACGAGAAAUCAACAGGAAGAUGUCUCGUGUUCAUCACUGUUUACUCUGGAUCGUUAAUGCUUAUCAUAAAGCCUAAUUCUUUCGCACACACGGACAAACUCGGCCAUUGGCUACCAUUUAUGAAUGGAUCUUGGAGAUUUAGAAAAAUGGUGGCAGGAUCCAGGAAUUGCCAUUUGGAGUUUUGUACUCUUUGGCUGUUUCCUUCUCAAUGUGAUCCUUUUACUCGCCUUUCUUAUACGACCCGGAUUGAGAACGAUUUCGAACAGAUUUGUGAUGAAUUUGACUGUCUCGAACCUGUUAAUUUGCGUGCUGUUGAAUCUUCUUUUGAUUAUGGAUUCAUCACCAACGUCGAAACCGGACUCGUCGGUAUUCUCAGCUGAAAAAGUAUGCGCCAUUUCGGAAGGUGCAACAGCAUUGAUGACAACAUCAUCGGUUUUAUCAGUUUUUCUGAUAGCCAUAGACCAAUAUUUCGCAGUGGUGGAUCCAUUGAGAUAUCGGGCAAAAGUCGACAAAUUGAAAUCCGAAAUUCUGAUAUUUUCAGUAUGGUUAAUCUCAUUAAUAUUUGCAAUUAUGGCAUUUCUAAAUCCAAAUCCCCGUAGUCUUUGGUUGUCUUGUAAUUUGCGAUCAAUGUCAAAUACCAAUUUAAUGUUUAACAAUUCGUUCACGGAUAUGCAAAGUAAUUUAACCUUUGCCACAAUUGAAAACAAUAUCACCGAUAUUCAAACAGAAUGGAUGAAAUAUGUUGACGAUAAUAUUUCAAACGAAAUACCAAUGACUUAUGGCAUGAUUUAUGCUAUUCUACACAGUUUAACCGCCUACCUAUUACCGUUUGCAUGUGUAUGUUGGAUAUACGUGAAAAUUUAUUCGGCUGCUCAUAGAAAUUCAGAAAGAACGAGAAGGACUGGUUCUAGGCCUAUAUUAUCGUCGGCUAGUUUUUGUGAAGAUUCUAAAUCGCAACAGCAACAACAACAACAACAGCAACAUUAUCAGCAAAUGGAUAAUUUAUUGGAUGAUUUUAGAAGGAUACCAAAAAUUUCGAGUCUAUCAUCGAUUGACGAAACCAGUGAGACUACUCAACCUGCUGCAGGAAGUCAAAUUCCUCGUGGACGUUCAUUUUCAUCAGUUUCGGAAAUUCAUUCCUUAAAUAUACCACCAUCAACCAAUAACAAUGAAGCUUCCUCGUCUGGUGGUGGUGGUGUUGUUUUUACCGUAGGUAUGGAUGCCGAUGAAUGUUCGCAUAUUGAGGAAAAUGAUGAAGAUAAGUCCAAUGAGCUUAUCAAUCCUAUUCCUCCUACUAUAUCGAUAGAAAAAAUUGAUCUUACGGAUAACGAAGAACCAAGACUGUAUUCUGAUCGUAUCAAGUAUGAUCAUCAUCACGUUAAGAAUCAUUAUUUGGAUCGAUCAGAUAACAGACAAAAAUCCCCACACAAUCUCAUGUACGAUCAAAUGUUAAUUCGUGAAAGUACUAGAGGUUCUUGGUUGAACAACGACGACAAUAUUACUGAUUUGAGAAAUUCUGAUACCGAAGAGGACGUCAAUUCGGAAUGUUUUCGUUCAAGCAACGUAGAAGACGAUUCGGUGAUAUUUAACGAACAAAAAUUUACACCAAGUUCGAAAGUAAAUGAUCUAUUAAUUCGAACCAAAGAACGUAGAAAUGAGGAGUCUGACGUUAACGAAUUCGAACGAUUGAAAAAUGAUAAACAUUACGAUAAAGUAGGAUUAAACUCAGAUUUUGAUUUAAACGAGGUUAUAGUAGAUAGUAACUGUGAAGUAUACAAUGUAGAGAAUAGUAGAAGUUCUAGAGAAAUAGUAGUUAACGAUACCAACAAAAACAACAACAAUAACGAAACAUCGGCAUGUCUUUUGACAACACCUAUCGUCACGAUUACACCAGCACCUAAUAAAAACACUUUGCAUCGUGUAGCCAGCGUUAGAAGUACUUCUAGUUAUAUUAAUUCACUCAAAUACAGAAUAAGUAAUGGUUCGUUGUUCAGGUAUAGAGAAGAAACCAGAGCUGCCAGAAUAAGCGCUUUAGUUAUAGUUAUGGGUUUGAUUUGUUGGUCACCGUAUGAGGUAUUAUUACUCGUGAAAAAUCUUCCACCUUACAAUAAUUAUAAAAUCGCUCACGAAUAUGACAUUACCGUAUUGUGUUUUCUUGUAUUGGCUGCUUACGUUAGUCCAUUGCUGUUUGGUUAUCGUUCGAAACGCGUUAAAAGGGAAUUGAGAAAAUUUUUCUGCUUCAAGAAAGAACUAUCUUAUAAAAAUAAUAGAAGCCUAAUGGCGAAAAAGGUUCUUAAAAGACGUCACAGUAAUACGUUCAGUCAUCUCGAUUUGGAUAAUCGUUACAACAUAUUCAAUUGCGUUUACGGUAGAAAUCGUUGGCCUAAAGAAAAAGUACAGUUCGUACAGGUGCCUGAUACCGCAUUAGCAGUGGAAACCUGUAGAAGUAGUUUUUCAAGUGGCGCGAGUACGCAAAUUUCUAGCACAUCCACCGACGAUUGUUGAUACUAAAUAUAUAUACAUGUCACGUUCUAAUCAUCUCGAUCGUGUUCGAUUGAUUCAUUGUGUUCCUUGGGAAAGCUCGUUUUAAUUGAUCGAUCUUUCCUUAGAUCAAUUCGAGUUUUAAUUUCCUUUUUUGGAUACGAUCGAUUAUUGUAGAUUUUGUGUGUGUGUGUGUGUGUGUGUGUGUGUGUGUGUACGCGUGUGCGUGUGUGUAUUCGGAUAAGUUAAAUGUAUGAAUAACAAAUAUAGCGGAAAUAUACGAAUUGUCGUCAUAAUCCAUAGGAGGUAAUCUCUGUUUACCGAUUUUUUGAUAAGUUGAGUCAUUUUAAUGGAAAUUUUACAUAUAUUUCUUCUUCUUUUUCGCGAAGAUGUGGAGAGAAAUAAAAUGGAGAAACA